UUGAAGGAAUUAAAUAACUCCAAUAAUUACCAUGAAAAAAAAUUUGAUAAUAUAAAAAAAACACAGGAAUCAAGUGAUUUAAAUAAUAAUAAUAACAAUUCAGUUGAAAAUAAGAAUGUAGAAGAAAAUGUAUAUACCGAAGAAAAUUAUCGCAUAAUGAAUAAUGUUUAUAAUGAUCAGAAUGAGAUAUUUGAGACUAAUAUAAAUAAUAUUUACACGAAUUCAAAUGAUUGUGAUUAUGCUAAUGGGGUAUAA